CUAGCAGGUGAAUGUCGUCUUUAGUUAAACUGAUAGUUCAACAGACUGAGGAUUUCUGUAAGAGAUAAUUCUUGGUAUUGUGCGCUGAAAAACUCAUUAAGGGAUUUUAUUUUCACGAGAAAUAUGGUGGUAAUGCUGAGAACCUGUUGCUGCGGCUGGUCUUUGGGAACAGGAACCAUUAUUAUAGGAAUUGUAGAAACGUUAGGCGGAAUUACGAACGUCAUACUUAGCAUAAUAGCUGCCGCUGAAGCCGAACUAGAUCCCAGAGCUGAAGAGAGUGUACUCGAUGCCUUGGACACUAUCAAAGUAACGAAUAUCUUACUCGCUGUGGUCGCAGCGGUACUCACAAUAUUGGGAGUCCUGCUUAUAGCUGGCGCGAAAAGAAAUUCUCCUUCACUUCUAGUUCCGUGGAUGAUAUACACUUGUUUUUAUAUAUUUGCUACAGUGGUUUCAUACGUCAUAAAUACUGUUGCAUACUCCGAGGCAGGCAAACCUUUGCUGGCUGGCAUUUCUGUUAUAGGAGCCAUUCUUAAUCUAUCGAUCCAGACGUACUUCAUCCUCGUUGUAUACAGUCUCUAUCGAGAGCUGAGGGGCGAAGACCUUCUCAACCUCUGAUGUGGACCGUAGCAGUGUCUUUCAAGAAAAGAGAAAUCGUCGAAACAUUGACUUAGGUCAUACAGAGUCCUUAAUUUUAUAGUGAACAGUUCGUGCCACAAUUAUCGGUUGAAAUCCUCUGCUAAGUUUCGUAUUUGUUUGAAGAAUAAUCCCAAAAUAACCAUUCUGGGGGUUUCUGACGAUGGUGUAAUACAAAAUCCAACAAUCCUGACUAAAAUAAGUACCACGUUUUCUAUCUCUCCACGCAGGUCUUCUGAGUUGUGACGCCGUGUGGACUUGCAGAUACUUACCAACAUUUAGGAGGAACACGCUGCCUCCAUCUUCAGGUGUAAGUAACAUGAAGGCAGUGUGUCCUUCCGAAACGUAAAAUCUGCCUACAGGUCCACGAUCCGAUACGUUCACCGCCGCAUGAAUCUCGAUUUUCUAUCGGUUUACACCCCGUUGAAAAAUUAUAUUGUCAAGAUCAAAGUUAAGUUCUGUGACCGGAAAUACAAGCUGUGGUCCAUAUGAUGUUUCUUUCUUUUUUUUCUCCGGGAAAGUAUUUAUUAAUAUUAUGAUUAUAGUGCAACGGCUGCUAGAGGAGUGUUCAUUUAUUGACGUUGCUGAAUGACGACAAAAGAGCUCAUAACGAUGAUGAAUAUCGAAUUAACAGUUGGCACAUGCAAUAAGAAAGUGCACUGUUAAUAAUCCUAAAGAUACGUAGUAAGUAACCUUAAGUAUCAUAUAAUUACAGACUUAUGUCAUUAGCCAUUUAAAUGAUAUUUCAAUGUGUCAUUUAAAA